AUUCGCUUCUCUAUUUUCAUUACGAUUGCUUGUGGGCUAAACACGGGCACGAAAAACGGCGUUACAGCAAGACCCGACAUUUUUUAUGGUACACCAGGAAAGUAUUUACCCAAUGCUGUAUUAGAAAGCAGAGAAAAACCAGGAGGAAUAAGCAGGAUAGAAUGCGCAGCGGAAUGCGAGGCAAACCCAGAGUGCAAGUCUUUCAACGUAAGAUCUGACAACACCGUGUGUGAAUUGAAUUCCGCAGUUGAUUUCACACCCACCAAAAUGGCCCUUAGUGACGAUAGCGCCAGUCGAUAUUACACAAAGGUCCCACACGACUGCGGUAAUUAUAUUGGGUUGGAUGGCGUUCACUGUAUUAACGUCAACUCUAUGAAUAGACAACUCCGGGUAUCAUGUGAGGAAGGGUGGACGGUUCUGAUGCGCAGAACAGGACCUGAGUUAAACUUUAACAGGCCUUGGGUCGAUUACCGUAACGGAUUCGGUGACGUUGCCGGCGACCACUGGCUGGGACUGGAAGCGUUUCAUCAUCUCACCAACCAGGGAAACUACUCCUUAAUGGUCGAAGUAAGGAGCUUGCUCACUGACAAUUACUACUGGGAAAUCCAUCACGGUUUUCGCAUAGGCCCGGAAUCGAAGAAAUAUGUGUUGCACAAAUCUUUGCGCGGUUCUGGAAACCUGUCUGAAGGGAACUUUUGGUCCUAUAGUUUCGACAUGUUGUUUUCUACUAAUGACAGAACCUAUGGUAAACGUUGUAGCGAAAAAUUCCGCGGAGGUUGGUGGUACAAUUUUUGCGCAAUGGUCUCUCUCACCGGCAAAAUGGCCGUUCCAGGAGAAUGCAAGAAGGACUGUUGGCCGUGGUUUAAGCACAAUGGCCUGCCUGGUAGUAACAACGACAAUGAGAACGCCUUGCUUCGUUGGGCUGUCAUGAAGAUAAAAAAGGUUGACUGA